UGUCUGCAGGACAUGCUUAACGUUUGUCCAUCCAUGUUCCUCUUCUAACAACCAGUGAGGGUUGGCACAUAGAUGCACAGAGACUGGCUUUCUGCUCCAAUCAGGAGCUCUCUAUGACAAAAAUCAGAUUUAAGAAGGAAGAGCCAAAGGUUACUCACAGUUACAUGUUGAGGCCUUUAUGUGUUGUUGCAUUUAGCUUUAGAGAGUCCGCUUCUGUUUGACUUCUAUUUGCUCUGUACUUUUGGGAAUUUUUUCCUUUUGGUUGAUUAGUUAGUACUCACCUAUUUAGAAGCUACUUUUUGAUCUUGUACAAUCAUGUGGGAGUUCAGGUCCAUGUCUUUCUGGCGGGCGGUCUUCGCCGAGUUCUAUGGCACCAUGUUCUUUGUAUUCUUUGGGCUGGGUGCGGCCCUCCGCUGGACCACAGGGCCCCACAAUGUUCUUCAUGUUGCCUUUUGCUUUGGGCUGGCUGCUGCCACCUUUAUCCAGUCCAUCGGUCACAUCAGCGGAGGACACAUCAACCCGGCUGUCACCUUCGCCUACCUGAUCGGAUCCCAGAUGUCCUUGUUCCGGGCUUUUUUCUACAUCGUAGCCCAGUGUCUUGGUGCGCUGGCUGGUGCUGCUGUGCUGUAUGGAGUCACACCCAACAACAUGAGGGGAAACUUGGCAAUGACUACGCUGCAGCCAGGCAUCAGCCUUGGAAUGGCCACCACGAUCGAGAUCUUCCUCACCCUCCAGCUUGUCGUCUGCAUCUUUGCUGUGACAGAUGAGAGGCGCAACGGACGCCUCGGCUCUGCUGCUCUGGCCAUCGGCUUCUCUGUGCUCAUAGGACAUCUUCUUGGGAUGUACUACACAGGAGCAGGAAUGAAUCCAGCAAGAUCCUUUGCUCCUGCUGUCCUUGUCAGGAACUUUGUAAACCACUGGGUGUACUGGGUGGGACCCAUGAUCGGCGGUGCCAUAGGCGCUCUGCUUUAUGACUUCCUACUGUUCCCGCGCAUGCGUGGUCUCUCCGAGAGGCUCGCCACGCUGAAGGGCGCCCGGCCCUCAGAGGCCGAGGCUCAGCAGGACAUCAGGGGAGAGUCAAUUGAGCUCAAGACGCAGGCCCUAUAAAUCUGAAGAUUUGCUUUCUGACCCCCAACCCCCUCCUUACACACCUCCCACCUGUCACGCUACACUCUGCAUCCUUGGUUCCUGGUUUAUCCACAACUCAUACACUAUUUUUACACACAUUCCUCCUCCCCCUUAGUCGGCACUUGCAAAGAGUGAUCCAAAUCCCCCUUUUAUCAUCCUUGUUCUGCUCCUUACUGGACCUACUGAGAGGGGACCCACAGCCCUGAUUAUCUUACCUGAUCUCACCUCCACCCAUCCUUAUUUCUCCUCUUCCCAAAGGUGGACGGUUGGAGGAGGACUUGCCAGGAAAGGAAGCACCCAGUGCCCUGCAGAAGGGUGAAUUGGUUGCCCAGAUGUCCAGGGCAGGGGCUGCUAUUUCAAUCAAGACUUCCUUUUCUGUUUACUUUCCCCUGCCUUUGUUUUGCAAGGAGUGAAGCUACAUUAGAGCAAUGGACCUCUGCCUGCGUUUUUAUUUUGAUCCAGCGUGAUCUCGCUCUUUGUUUUGUUUCAUGAACUUUGGCUAAACUAUGUAUUGGCAGUUUUUCCUUAUUUUCUUUCUUUUAGCUGUAUGUGUGAGUGUGUACACGCAUGUGUUAUAGAGUGAUGGUGAGAAAGACAAACUGAGUGUGUCUGCAUGUCUGUGUGCAUGUGUAUGCUUGUUUUUAAUGAUUUUUCAGACUUUUCAUUGCUAAGGUUGUUUGUAUUGUGAGUUAUGAUGCCAAGUUAAUUUAGGGAUGUUUCACCGUUAUCUUGCCCUAAAUGAAAAAGUAAAAAUCAAUACAAAAGUCCAAGAAAUAUGAUGUUAAGGGUAAUUGUAUUUUUCUAUUUGAGGGAUAAAUUUGGAUUUCAGUCACGCCUUAAAGCUCUUUUCAACACUUGAGAAUCUGUGUCUCAUGUAGUAAAGCCCCCAUAUUAUGUUUGUUUUAAAAUCAAAAUCCACAAAUAAAACAUUAUUUCCUUUUAGGUUUUUAAAAUGCCAAUAAAAAAUUGUAUUACUGCACCCACAUCUGUAGCAUAUUACUUUAGAAGUAGAUAAUUUGUCUGCAACAUCCCCAUUUGGAUCAUAUACAGUAUUUGUGUUGGUUUACACUUUCUUUGACUUUCUGACAAAAUUUUGUGCCCAAAGUUUUAGAGCAGCACUUACCAAAGAAUCGUGUACAGGUGUGUUUGAGUUAUUAUUCUUUAUGCCUCUCAAUGAAAAACAAGUGGUGCAAACUGGACUCGCUGUCAUGAAGAACAGGCGUUUUUUUUAUUAGCUUUGUGUUAUUUUGCAUAAAUUAUGCAUUUCAGAACUUAAACUUUGGGUUAGAAAAGGCACAGCUUGCUGCUGGAGUCUGCAAACAGUGGUUGAAGGGAGCCCCAAUUUGCAGAAUAUUAAAAGCUGUUUGGAAACUCUUAGGUGUGUUUGUACAGAGUGCAACAUGUUUAUCUUUAUUUUCAUACAGUCUACAGGAGAGAGAAUGAAGUCUGAAUUUGAAUUUGUCCCCUCCUUCAUGAACCCUUUGUCCUUCCUUUGGGAUGUGGUUCAGAGAGGAGUUAGCAUUUUGUUAAAUUCACCAGAACAUUUCUUGAACCCAACUUUAUAAGCUGAUUCUCUUUCUGCUUCCUCUACAAAACACCCUCUUUUUUGUUUUUUACCCCCCAGUGUGAUUUCCAUGGCUAUGGUUGAGUAGAAUUUAAAUUUUAAGAACAUUUUAAAAUUAGAAUUUGUUUUCUAAUGGAAACGUUAUGAUGUACAGUGUAAGAUUUUCUUUUUUUGUUAAAAAAUACUGUUUAAAAUGGAUGAAAACUGGAUUGAUAGAAAGUACAAGAUGCUUGUUAUACAUGCUAUCAUAGGUGAUACAGAUCCUGCUAUGUACCAACACAUAAUUGGCCAUCCUCUGUGGGAACAGGCAUAGUUUGGCCAUAAUGUGUUUUUUUUUUUGUCCAAAAAACAAAAAAAACAGUUUGCAAUUUCUUGUUUUUUUUUGUGUUCUUUUCCAUUUAUUUGGGGUUGUAUACAAUCAAUUACAGAAAGAUUUGCAUGUGCUGCACAAGAGCACCUUAGACAUAUGGGACAGUGAGCACAUUUUACAUUUCUGGCCCCAGCUUCAUUUACAUAAACAAACCCGAAAGGAUAUUUUUGUGAUUCAUCUAUCUGCAACUGCUGCUUGUAAAGAAACUGCAGUGUUUUGAAAUAAUGAAACUAAUUGUUCUGAGGAUGUAAAUAAAUCCACUCAAUUAUU